AAGUAGCGUCAAACUGUAGACGUCCUAGAGGAGGCGGGACUUCCGGGCGCAACGGCACCAAUUCCGGCCGAGCCGGAAAUCCCUAUUGAAAAACGCUAGGGGAUACCCGCCUGUCUCAAUCUCCUGGCGUAUUUUGUGUUCCACAGACUCGGAAGAAAGAUUGGGCGGGGGUUAAUCCACGCAUUGCCAAGUUUUCAGGGUAGUGGAAAACAGGAGUUGGGACAUGGACAGCCGCUUGCAGGAGAUCCGGGAGCGGCAAAAGCUACGGCGACAGCUCCUCGCGCAGCAGUUGGGAGCUGAAAGUGCUGACAGCAUUGGUGCUGUGUUAAAUAGCAAAGAUGAACAGAGAGAAAUUGCUGAAACAAGGGAAACUUGCAGGGCUUCCUAUGACACCUCUGCUCCAAAUGCAAAACGUAAGUAUCUAGAUGAAGGAGAGACAGAUGAAGACAAGAUGGAAGACUAUAAGGAUGAACUGGAAAUGCAGCAGGAGGAGGAGAAUUUGCCAUACGAAGAAGAGAUUUACAAAGAUUCUAGUACUUUUCUUAAGGGGACACAGAGCUUAAAUCCCCAUAAUGAUUAUUGUCAACAUUUUGUAGACACUGGACAUAGACCUCAGAAUUUCAUCAGGGAUGUAGGUUUAGCUGACAGAUUUGAAGAAUACCCUAAACUAAGGGAGCUCAUCAGGCUGAAAGAUGAGUUAAUAGCUAAAUCUAACACCCCUCCUAUGUAUUUGCAAGCAGAUAUAGAAGCUUUUGACAUCAGAGAACUAACACCCAAAUUUGAUGUGAUUCUCCUGGAACCCCCUUUAGAAGAAUAUUACAGAGAGACUGGCAUCACUGCUAAUGAAAAAUGCUGGACUUGGGAUGAUAUUAUGAAGUUAGAAAUUGAUGAGAUUGCAGCACCUCGAUCAUUUAUUUUUCUCUGGUGUGGUUCCGGGGAGGGAUUAGACCUUGGAAGAGUGUGUUUACGCAAGUGGGGUUACAGAAGAUGUGAAGAUAUAUGUUGGAUUAAAACCAAUAAAAACAAUCCUGGAAAGACUAAAACUUUAGAUCCAAAGGCUGUCUUCCAGCGAACAAAGGAACACUGCCUUAUGGGGAUCAAAGGAACUGUUAAGCGUAGCACAGACGGAGACUUCAUUCAUGCUAAUGUUGACAUUGACUUAAUUAUCACAGAAGAACCUGAAAUUGGCAAUAUAGAAAAACCUGUAGAAAUUUUUCAUAUAAUUGAACAUUUUUGUCUUGGUAGAAGACGGCUUCAUCUUUUUGGAAGAGAUAGUACAAUUCGACCAGGCUGGCUUACAGUUGGACCGACUCUUACGAAUAGCAACUACAAUGCAGAAACAUAUGCAUCCUACUUCAGCGCCCCUAAUUCCUACUUGACUGGAUGCACAGAAGAGAUUGAGAGACUUCGACCAAAAUCACCUCCUCCCAAAUCUAAAUCUGAUCGGGGAGGUGGAGCUCCCAGGGGUGGAGGAAGAGGUGGAACUUCUGCUGGCCGUGGACGAGAAAGAAAUCGAUCCAACUUCCGAGGAGAAAGAGGUGGCUUUAGAGGGGGCCGUGGAGGAGCACACAGGGGUGGCUUUCCGCCUCGGUAAUUUCUGUAGAUACUGAUCCUGUUAAUGGCCCUCUCCCUUCCUUAUUUCAUUUUGAAGAACUCAGUUCCAACUUGCAUGUGGCUUUUAGUUACUCUAAGCUGCAGGCAUAUCUUAGCCAGCUUCCCUUGCAGUUGUCACACACACUGUCAAGUUUUUUCCAGGAUAAACAAGUGAUCCUGCCCUCUGUCAUGUGCAUGUAACUGAACAGAAUGGAGCACAAAUGCCUUUACCUUCAGAGACUGAGUUUAUUCCUACUAAUUACAAAGACUUUUGCUUUUUAGAAGGAGUUGAAGUAAACAGUGAAAAGGCUGAAUCUGUAGUAUGGUAUUAGUGCUGCUGAAGAUGAGAGACUGUGCAUCCUGCCACUGCUGUCACAGCACGUGGGAAGCCGUUGGGAGCCUGGGUAGAAUAGAGUUGGGACAGAUGGUAAGCUUCUGCCAGAGUUGUAACAUUUUCUUGACGAAGCAAUAAAAAGAGGUAGACUUCUUUUUACUUGUACAAAUUCAUAUAUAAUUUGAGUAUUUUGGCAUACUUAAAAGAACAAAAACCCAAAAAGCUCAUCAUCAUAAUCUCAGUUGUAUAACUACAGAUGACUCUUAAUCACGUUUCCUAUGAAGCAGACAAGGACAAAUAUCCAAGUGCCAGGACUUUGGUGCGGACUUGAACAUGGAUUGACCUUUGAAGCAGUUUCAUAUUCCUUAGCAAAAUAAAAAUAACAGGGACACCUGGUUAUCCGGUGCUUGCUUUAAACAUUUUAGGGAAUACAGUACUUAGUGAUAAAGAAAUGACGUAUAUCUUUAAACUUAGUACGGAGAAAACUUAAUGUAAAACCAAUUAGAGGAAACCCUCAAGAAUACAGCUUGGAAAAUGGAACUACAAUUGCCUUUUAUUAAAAGCAUAUUGUGUGGCAUUUGUUUUUAAGGGAUUGGUUUUGCAGAUCUGUUAGUUAUAUAAGACUUUAUGCCAUUAUUUCUCUUUCUGUACUGUAACUCAUGUUUUCAGUGAAUUUGUUGAAUGAAGUAUUCUUGAUGAAUACAUUUUUUAUUUCAUGUAUGAUUUUUCUAAUGAAACUUCAGACCUUUGAAAUUUGGGAGUCUGUUUUCUAUAAGUAGAAUUUCUGUUGUUACCAAAUGAAAAAAGGAUUGACAUAAAAUCAAGCUCUUUUGGUCUGUGAUGCAUUGUGGUGGCUGUUCUGUCAUACUGUACCUAAGAGUAGGUUAUAUUACACCCGCUGAAGACCAAGUUUGAAGAUAAAGUUGAAUUCUAGAAAUAGAGUUGAGAUCUUUAAAAGCCUGAAGAAUUUAACAGUUUGCUCAAGUUGUUAAGUACUUUCUAAUACAGAUAGCAUUUGACUGACAUGUUCCUUGAUAUAGAUACUGUGUAUCACAGUUAGAUAUCUUGCUGAAAUGAUGCUGUGUUUUCGACUUCGGUAAUUACAAAUUAUCUAGAAGGAGCAUUGUAUCAAAGAGGAUAGAGGGACAUUCCUGUUGCACACUGAUGGGUCCUUAGGAGUGUCAGCUGAGGAGUGACUGUGUCCCAUGCAUAGGACUCCGGUUUGUUCUGCACUCCUGGGCAGAGGCGAGGGAAGGUGACAUUGCUAGUGCUUACCUGGCCUAGGCACCGUGAGAUCUGAAUCAUAGAUCAUCUUCUAGAGAGUUAGGAAUGGCUUCUUUGUAGGUUGAAAGUAGAGGGGAGCCACUGCCCACCAUGUUUAGAAAAGAGCAAAUAAAAGAGAGGGUGGUGGGAAAAGAAUGCAAGGCCCUGAAUUUAUCCCUUUGACAAUGUACUUUUACCUUCAAGUUAACAGAGGAGGAAUUGUCUGUCACUCGCUUUGCUACCCUUUACUUUUGGUAAAGAUUGGGGUAGGUAUCAUUUCUACAAUAGAAUAUUUAUUCAUUGAGGAAAGGUUUCUAAUGAAAAUUCAUCAUGACUUCUGAUCCUCUCUCUGUUUACAUGUCUUACAUCUUCAAAAAAUUAUCUAGGAAUCACCAAUAAUGAACUAAUUGUAGCUGCUUCACUUACUGCUUGCAUAAUACGUAUAGUAUGGAAUAUUAUAUGUAUACAUAUGGGGAUAGAAGCUAAUAAUUCUAGAAUAACCCUAAAUUUUUCGGUUUAGGAAUUCUAAGAUCAGCAUACCUAAGAUUAUAAUAUAGAAUUACAGUUCUAGGUAUUACAAGACCAAGUGAGCUGUUCUCCCAGUUACUUUCCUCCUUUCAGAGGGUGGGGAAUGGGAGGCCUAAAGUGCGGCCUAAAUAGGAAUCCUUUUCUCUUUCACUGGAGAAUAUGAAAGGGAAGAGACUGAUGAUGUCAGGUAGAACAGAUCUUGUGGUGAGGAAGCUAAUACCCAAACACAGCUGAACCAGAUUAGACUGAGGCAUCAUGGAGCCUGCAGUCAAGGGUAGAAGGGUCACCAUGAAGCAGCAUAGAGUGAGAGGGCAUAGUGUCCCUUGGGAAGUGAGAGUCAAGCCUGGAGCCAGAUGUGGUUGCCAGGGCAUACCUCCAGAGAUGGAAUGGAUCAGUCCUGCAGCAGCAGUAUGUUGUUCUGUUACCACUGGGUAGGGAGAGGAGCCGCCUUAUGAGCUCUUAGCUCAUUAAGUUAGAAAUUUAAACUACAAAGCUCCCCUAUACCAAAGCCAAGUCAGUGUUACACCAUAGUUUCACUUUAAGUUACUGGAGCUGUAAUGGUAAAGUGCCUAGGAGUUAGUAUGCUAUCAGUCAUCUGAGAUCCUUCUGUCAGGGCAGUUACUGGGAAUUAUUCGUUUUCAUGUCUGUUAAAAUACUUUCUACCCAUCGUAGUUACUAAACUAUAGCUUUCUGAUUAGUUACAGCAGCUUAUUUUAAAACCUGUACUAUUUUCAUUCGAAUUUAAGAACAUAAGAUUUGGUCUUUGAAGUACAGUUCCAGAUUUUACUAAUUUGUUUUAAUAUAAUCCUUAUUGACUUGACAAAAUGAUAGCCCAUUUGGGACUCAUUGUAAACAGUAGUCUUUGAUCUAAGAAGUAUCUUGUAUUUUUGUGAGCUAUUAAAAACAAACCUUUGCCUGUAAGAAAGCCCUUUCUUAGUAUGAUUCUUCUAAUCUUAUGGUCCAUGUAGGACUUUUAGGAUUAUCCUAUCUUUGAUGUUUGGCAGUAUGGACUGAACUUACAUGCAGUCAGUUUUUUGUUUGUUUUCUUUAAAUUGUGCCUUAAGUGAAAGUUUACAGUUCAUGUUAGUUUCUCAUACAAAAAUUUAUACAUCCCUAUUUAUACAUGCCUAU